AUGCCAAACGGCUAUAGUCACUCAAUGGCUGUGGAUCAUGAUCCGGCCGAAGUCGACAUGACGACCAAAAGCGAGCCUAGUUCUCCCGAACCCACCGAGUCUCAUCCCGUCUCCGAGUCCUCCCCCGAGCAUGAUGCCGCCGAUGAUUCAUAUGACGCAGAGUCUCAAGCAUCGGACCCUGAAGAUGAAGACGUUGUGAUGGGUCACAGUGGCGAUGAUCCCAAUCCGUCCAGCCGUGAAAACUCUUCAUCACCGCAACCCGACCAAGAUGGGAAGCGUAGGUCGUCGCCGGCAGACGAAACGGAGUACAUGCGACAAAAUCCAGAUCUUUAUGGUUUACGACGCAGUGGUCGGGCGCGCCCAACCCGCCAUAUUGUCGAUUCGUCAGACUCUGACUCUGACGCGGUUGCUUCUCGCCCGAAGCGCCGGCGCAAAGAACCCUCCCAGCAGCCCUCAAAAACCUCGCGGUCGGCGACUGCCUCAUCGUUCUCAGAAUCCGACAGUGACGAAUAUGGUGGGAAGUCAAGUAAGGCUAGGCGCCGUCGCAUGAAGGAAGCUGCAGGUAUGGAGCCGUCUCUCAGUGAGGUCCGCUUCUCAACGCGUAAUGCUGCGAAGGUCUCCAACUACAAUGAAGAUGACGAGGACGAGUCAAUAUUUGAGGAUGACCCUGAGGAUAUGACUGCGAACUACUGGGCUCAAAACUACAUGGAGGAUACUCGACCUGCCGUGGAUGUGGUACUCAACCACCGGCUGAAGGACGGUGUCGACCCCAAAAAUCCAGACGUCGACCGCCAUGAUUUUGAGUUUUACAUUAAGUGGCAGGAUAAGUCACAUUACCACUCCACGUGGGAACCCAAUGAGGCUCUCGCCAACUACCGGAGCACGCGCCGUGUAGAUAAUUACGUUCGUAAGGUUCUGAAUGAAGACCUUCGCCUCCAGCACGACCCAUAUGCCGCUCCCGAAGACCGCGAAAAGUGGAACCUUGAUCGCGAACGUGACGUGGAGGCGAUUGAAGACUACAAGCACGUUGAGCGAGUCAUUGGUGUGCGGGAAGGCGAGGAAGGCUCCGAGUACCUCGUCAAGUGGAAGCGCCUCUUCUACGAUUCCUGUACCUGGGAGCCGGAAGACAUCGUCAGUGAUAUUGCCCAGCAUGAGGUGGAUCGCUUCCUAGACCGUUCCUCUCGAGUCCCCGUUUCCGACAAGAACGAAACAAACCCAGCCACACGCAAAUCAUUCGAGCCUAUCCACAGUACACCGUCCUACCUCCAGAAUGGCGAACUCAAGGAUUUCCAGGUCAAAGGUCUGAAUUUCUUGGCGUUCAACUGGGUCAAGGAUCGCAAUGUCGUGUUGGCAGAUGAAAUGGGCUUGGGCAAGACGGUCCAAACAGUCUCAUUUAUCAAUUGGCUACGCCAUGCUCGGCGUCAACAAGGUCCCUUCAUUGUCAUCGUUCCUCUGUCUACCAUGCCCGCCUGGGCAGACACGUUCGACAACUGGACUCCAGAUCUCAAUUAUGUCGUCUACAACGGUAGCGAGAAGGCCCGUCAAGUCCUUCGCGAUUACGAGUUGAUGGUGGAUGGAAACCCUAAACGACCAAAGUUCCACGUGCUGUUGACAACCUAUGAAUAUGCCAUGAACGACUCGCCUUUCCUGGGACAAUUCAAAUGGCAGUUCAUGGGUGUUGAUGAGGCCCACCGCCUGAAGAACCGUGAUUCGCAACUGUACAUUAAGCUGGCAGAGUGGAAAUGCCAAGCCCGUCUCCUCAUCACUGGUACACCGAUCCAGAACAAUCUUGCAGAGCUUUCCUCUCUGAUGGACUUUCUCAACCCGGGCCAGAUCCAUAUUGACGUGGAUAUGGACUUGAACUCUGAUGCUGCCUCCCAAAAGCUUGCCGAGCUGACCGAUGCUAUCCAGCCGUUCAUGCUGCGUCGGACUAAAUCCAAGGUUGAAUCCGACCUCCCUCCGAAGACGGAAAAGAUCAUUCGUGUAGAGCUUUCCGAUGUCCAGCUCGAAUACUACAAAAACAUUCUGACCAAAAACUACGCUGCCCUGAACGACGGCGCCAAGGGCAUGAAACAAUCUCUGUUGAACAUUAUGAUGGAGCUCAAGAAAGCAAGCAACCACCCCUUCAUGUUCCCUACCGCCGAAGCGAAAAUCCUGGCAGGGGCCACCCGACGUGAGGAUAUUCUGCGAGCUAUGAUUACCAGUAGGGGGGAUGGCCACCGAGUCCUUAUCUUUUGUCAAAUGGUGGGCAUGCUCAACAUUCUCAGCGAGUACAUGGAGUACCGUGGCUACAAGUAUCAACGAUUGGAUGGAACUAUUCCUUCUGCCGCUCGACGCCUCGCCAUUGAGCAUUACAACGCACCUGAGAGUACCGAUUUUGCAUUCCUGCUUUCUACGCGAGCCGGUGGUCUGGGAAUCAAUUUGAUGACUGCCGACACUGUCGUUUUGUUCGACUCGGAUUGGAAUCCCCAAGCCGAUUUGCAGGCCAUGGCACGAGCUCAUCGUAUUGGACAGACGCGGCCUGUCAGUGUAUAUCGCCUAGUCUCAAAAGACACGAUUGAAGAAGAAGUCAUUGAAAGAGCCCGAAACAAGCUUCUCCUUGAAUUCAUUACCAUUCAACGUGGUGUCACUGAUAAGGAAGCCACAGAGAUGCAAACCAAGAUGGCUCGCGUCGUUGCCGAGCCGAACUCUACCGAUGACAUUUCACGUAUUCUCAAACGUCGUGGCCAGAAGAUGUUCGAGCAAACUGAUAAUCAAAAGAAGCUUGAACAAAUUGAUAUCGACUCAGUACUGGCUAACGCCGAGUUGCACCAGACGGAGGAAACCGAGCAGAUCCAAGCUGAUGGUGGCGAGGAGUUCUUGAAAGCAUUUGACUUUGUUGAUAUCAAGGUUGAUGAUCUUUCCUGGGAUGAUAUCAUUCCCAAGGAACAACUCGAGGAAAUCAAGGAAGAAGAAAAGCGCAAGGCGGAUGAAAAAUACCUGGCUAAUGUGAUCGAGCAAAACCGGCCGCGCAAGCGCCAUGCGCCAACCGAGGAAACUCGAGACUCUAGGGAAGAACGCAAGGCGAAACGCCAAGCCAGGGCACAGGUUGCUAUUGAUGACGCGGAAGACGAAACUUCGUUGGAUCCGAAGCGUCCUCUUGGGGAAAAAGAAUACCGUUCUCUCUCCCGGGCUUUCUUGCGAUUCGGUGAUAUGGCCGACUGCGAGGAGCUCAUUCUUGAAGAUUCUCGCCUACAAAGUCGCGAUCGAGACACCGUUCGGGCUGCCCUUCAAGAAAUCACGGGCAAAGCUGCAUCUCUCGUUCAAGAAAACAUGCAGCAGAUCGAUGCGCUGAAGCAGUCGGGCAAAAACGUGACCAAGAAGGAACAAAAGGCUGUCCUGUUCGACCAUCAAGGUGUCAAGCGUCUCAAUGCCUGGACAAUUGUCGACCGACCCCCUGACAUGCGUCUUGUGCGCAGGGUGACUACGUCUAUAUCCGAUUUCAAGAACUUCCGCCUUCCAGAAGCCACAAAACCAGCGGACUACAGCUGUCCCUGGGGUGCAAGGGAAGACGGCAUGCUUUUGGUUGGCAUUGGUCGUCACGGGUUUGGUGCCUGGACCCAGAUCCGCGAUGACACUGAGCUGGGUCUCGCUGACAAGUUCUUCCUCGAAGAGCACCGUGUCGAGAGGAAAACCCAACGAGCUGCAGGAGAAGAGAAGUCCACAAAAUCUCCCGGGGCUGUCCAUCUGGUUCGCCGAGCUGAGUAUCUGUUGUCUGUUCUAAGGAACAAGCACACCCACGGAAGCAACGCGAAUGCCCGACGGGCUGUAGACAAUCAUCACCGCAACAAUAAGCGCAACGCGCGUCUGGGUAGCGGAAGUGUCUCUGCAUCUCCUGCUCCAUCUGCUCGAAAGGGCCACCGUGAGAAUGAACGGUCACGACCGCGCUCACACACCCACGGGCGGGAUGAUCGCCGGGAUGAUCGCCGAGAUGACCGUCGUGACGACCGCCGCAACACACCCAAUCAUGAUCGGCCCAGGUCCGGACAUGAUAUCAGCCGUCCUCGCCAUCGUCUCUCAGAUGCAAACCACGACGAACGUCGUCGGAAGAGCCAUGAGAACGGCGGUUCGAGUCGGGAAGAAGAUCAGGACUCAAAAUUCUUCAGACCAAUUCGAGAUAAUUUGAAGCAAGUCGCGACCAUCACCUCGAAGAACUACCCCAACAAGGCAGAUCGAGCUGUUAAGCUGCGGAGUACUAUCGAGAAAAUUGGCGAGUUCAUUCACAAUACAUUGGGCGGUGGUGAUCCUAUGCCGUCUUUAGAGCGAAGAUUGUGGGAUUAUGUUGCCGUUCACUAUUGGCCGAACAAGGAAGUGGGUGGUGCGAAGCUUCAGUUGAUGUUUGAGAAGGUCAAGGCUGCUAGUAAGCCUUCGCAGCCAUCCAAUGGAACUUAG